GUGCCAGAGUAUCCAGCCUGGUUUGAGCCCUUCGUGAUCCUGUGGCUGGAUGAGAAUGAGGAAGUGUCUAGAGAUUUCCUGCACGGCGCUCUGCUCCGGGACACAAAGGACGGGUUCCAGCAGACGUCGGAGCACGCGCUCUUCUCCUGUUCGGUGGUGGACGUCUUCUCCCAGCUCAACCAGAGCUUCGAGAUCAUCAGGAAGCUGGAGUGUCCUGAUCCGCAGAUCGUUGGGAAUUACAUGAAGAGGUUUGCUAAGACCAUUGGAAAUGUUCUUCUGUCUUACGCCGACAUCAUUGCCAAGGAUUUUCCCAAUCACUGCAACAAGGAGAAAGUGCCUUGCAUCAUUAUUAAAUAAUAUCCAGCAGCUGCGAGUCCAGCUGGAGAAGAUGUUUGAGGCCAUGGGAGGGAAAGACUUAAACGUGGACGCCAGUGACUUUCUGAAGGAUCUUCAAGUAAAGCUGAACAAUGUUCUGGAUGAUCUCAGCCGGAUCUUUGCCGUGAGUUUCCAGCCGCACAUCGAGGAGAGCGUGAGGCAGAUGGGAGAUAUUCUCAGUCAGGUGAAAGGAGUAAACGUUCCUGCUAAUGGUAACGGCAGCUUAGCACAAGACGCAGACUACGUCCUGCAACCCAUCAUGGACUUCCUGGACAGCAAUCUGACUCUGUUCGCUAAGAUCUGUGAGAAGACGGUUCUGAAGCGAGUGCUGAAGGAGCUGUGGAAGCUGGUGAUGAACACCAUGGAGAAGACCAUCAUCCUGCCGCCGCUGACCGACCAGACGGGCACACAGCUCAUCUUUAAUGCUGCUAAAGAGUUGGGUCAGCUCUCCAAACUGAAGGAGCACAUGGUGCGAGAGGAGGCCAAAGCGCUGAGCCCUAAACAGUGUGCAGUCAUCGAGCUCGCACUGGACACUAUUAAGCAAUACUUCCACGCUGGUGGUGUGGGUCUGAAGAAGACGUUUCUGGAGAAGAGUCCUGAUCUUCAGUCUCUGCGCUAUGCUCUGUCUCUCUACACGCAGGCCACAGAUAAACUCAUCCGGAAGUUCAUCCAGUCGCAGCACACUCAGGUUCUGGGUGGUAAAGGCGUGCGAUACACUCACAGUGAAGACGUCUAUCCAGAGAAAGCCUCAGGCGUGGAUGACGCGGUGGGUGAGGUUUGUAUGACUGUGGAGAUCUCCAGCGAGCCGAACACAGGAGGACACAAGAUCACAGUUAAAGUUGUGGCAGCCAAUGAGCUUCGCUGGCAGACGCAGGGAAUAUUCCGGCCCUUCGUGGAGGUUUACAUCAUCGGGCCGCACCUCAGCGACAAGAAGAGGAAGUUUGCCACCAAAUCCAAGAACAACAGCUGGUCUCCGAAGUUCGACGAAUCCUUCCAGUUUGUGCUGGGCGCUGAGCUGGGUCCCGAGGGUUACGAGCUGCAGGUGUGUGUGAAGGAUUACUGUUUCGCUCGAGAGGACCGGACCGUGGGGAUGACUCUGCUUCAGAUGAAGGAGCUGACGUCCAGAAGCAGCGCCACCUGCUGGCUCCCGCUCGGCAGACGCAUCCACAUGGACGAGACGGGGCUCACCGUGCUCCGCAUCCUCUCGCAGCGAUCCAACGACGAGGUGGCCAAAGAGUUCGUCAAGCUGAAGUCUGACCAGCGCUCGGCCGAGGAGGGCAGCUGAAGCCCCCAGACUCAGAGUAAACCAAGAUCAGACACUCACAUCUGCACAGACCGAAACAGAAACCCCGAAUCUACCCCAGAGACUUAAACUGGUUUUGUGCUGCAGGGACAGAUAUUUCUCGACCCUGUUUACUUCCAUUACAGAUCAUGAGUUUGAGUCAAAUCAUACACUUUUUUUAAUAAUCGGUGUUGUUUUUCAUGAUUUCUAUUGUUUGUUUUUUUAAUGUCAUUUUAUUUCAGUUUCAUUCUAACUUGAAACCAAAAGAAUUAAAGUUAAACUGAAAUAAAAUUAAUGAAAACUAUAUAGACGUUUUUUUUUUUUAAUGGCAA